AUGAGUUCUACUCCCGUAUCCAUGGAAGAUCAACAAAAACUUUUAGAGGAAGCAUUGAAUGUAGUUAAAGUUCAGGCAUUUCAAAUGAAAAAAUGUCUGGCCAACAACAAACUUAUGGAUGGCUUGAAACAUUGUUCUACGAUGCUAGCAGAAUUGCGGACGUCCGUAUUGACGCCAAAAAAUUAUUAUGAACUCUCUACCAUUAUUUGUAAAGAUAUGGCAAUUUUCGAUGCUCUCCGACACCUCACAACAUACCUUAUUGACGCACAUGUCUCGGGAAAGCAUCAUCUUGCAGACCUUUAUGAAUUAGUGCAGUACGCCGGAAAUAUAAUUCCACGUUUAUAUCUUAUGAUUACUGUUGGUAGUGCUUAUAUGUCACAAAAAGAUGCUCCCAUCAGAGAGAUCAUGAAAGAUAUGAUGGAGAUGUCUCGGGGUGUACAGCACCCGACACGUGGAUUAUUUUUGAGACAUUAUCUGAGCGGAAUGACGAGAGAUUCAUUACCUGUCGGGAGUGAUAAUGGUCCACAAGGCAACCUUCCAGAUUCAAUUUCAUUUAUUCUUACUAAUUUUAUUGAGAUGAAUAAAUUAUGGGUCCGCCUUCAACAUCAAGGACACUCACGUGAUCGUGAAAAAAGGGAGAUGGAACGUAAAGAAUUGAGAAUUUUAGUCGGAACAAAUUUGGUUCGCCUGAGCCAAUUAGAUGGUGUUGAUUUAGAGCUGUAUCAAAAAAGAAUAUUACCUGCUAUAUUGGAGCAAGUGAUCAAUUGUAAAGACGUUAUUGCUCAAGAAUAUUUGAUGGAAGUUAUCAUUCAAGUAUUCCAUGAUGACUUUCAUUUGAGAACACUUGGUCCAUACUUGUCUGCUUGUGCUCAAUUACAUCAAAAAGUUAAUAUAAAACAGAUUGUGAUCGCGCUUAUUGAUCGUCUCGCUGCCUAUGCUGCUCGUGAAGCAGAUUCUGAACCACCAGAAGUGGUUAAACGUCAGGAAGAAGAAGCAGCUCGUAGGCUAGCUGAAAAAUUGAGAAAGCAAAAAAUUGGCGGAUACAGCGAUGAAAAGGACUAUGAUGAUGAUUCACUAGAAGAGGAUUCUCAGAGAGAAUUAAAUGAUGAUGAUUUUUCAUCAAAUAAUAUAAAAUCUAGUGAUGAACCCGCCGUAAAGAAAUUCCGUGGCAUUCCUGAAGAUGUAAAACUCUUUGAAGUUUUUUGGGGACAAGUUGUCGAUUUGGUCAGGGCACGUCACGAUUUAUCUAUUCAAGAUAUCACCGCUUUGUUGGUAUCUUUGGUCAACUUAUCAUUAAGUUGUUAUCCUGACAGGAUUGAAUAUGUUGAUCAAGUCAUUGAUUUUGCAAAACAAAAGGUUGUGGACUUCCAUGAUAGUCCUGAUUUACAUAGUCCGGCUGCUACCUCCAAUUUGCUUAAUCUACUUUUGGCUCCGAUCAAUAAUUAUUCUACCGUUCUCACUCUUCUUGCACUUCCUAAUUAUUCAGCUCUCCUCUCAGUUCAACCGUUUCAGACUCGCCGUUCUGUUGCUCAUGCCAUUGUUUCCUCCAUACUCAAAAAUGAAACGAUUAUCGAGACUCCUCAUGAAGUUAAUUGUAUACUAGAUCUUUGCAGCGUCCUAACACGUGAUCAAAAAGAUGCUACUCUCUCAAGUCCAUUCAGUGGGCUUACUAGCGGGAGAAAUGCAAGAUCUGGUGGUGUUCCACCGAUGAUGGAUCCAGAAGAAUUUGCAGAAGAGCAAGGAUGGCUUGCAAGGAUUAUUCAUUUAUUCAAAAGCGAUGAUCUGGAUAAUCAAUUUAUGCUUCUCUCUACAGCCCGUAAACAAUUUGCCGAGGGUGGUGAGAGAAUACGAUACACUUUCCCACCUCUUGUUGUGUCAGCCGUUAAAUUAGCAAGAAGAUACCUACAGUUUCAGCAACGUGACGACGAUGGUUGGGAGAAAAAAGCAAAUACCCUCUUUCGUUUUAUUCACCAGGUCAUUACCGCUCUAUAUAACAAAGUUGAGUGUUCAGAGUUAUGUUUGCGAUUAUUCCUUCUCGCAGGUCAAAGCGCUGAUGAAUGUGGGUUUGAAGAAAUAUGUUACGAAUUCUUUGUUCAGGCAUUUACCAUUUACGAAGAAUCGAUUUCAGAAUCGCGCAUACAAUUUCAUGCAAUUACACUUAUUAUUGGCACAUUGCAAACCACUAGCGUGUUUGGUGCAGAGAAUUACGAUACUUUGAUCACUAAGUGUGCUCUGCAUGGAAGUAAAUUACUUAAAAAACCAGAUCAAUGCCGCGCUGUUUAUCUUUCUAGUCACUUAUGGUGGGCUACUGAGGUUCUUGAAUGUUUACAAAAAGCUCUUAAAAUCGCAGAUUCUUGUAUGGAUUCAGUAACUAAUGUAGAACUGUUUGUAGAGAUUUUAAAUAGAUAUAUAUAUUAUUUUGAAAGAAAGAACGAAGCUGUUACUGUUAAAUAUCUCGAUGGUUUGAUCGAUCUUAUCAAUACUAAUAUUACUAAUAUGGAUAGUUCGGAUCAACAUCCUCCAACAUCUGCUUCAUCGACCCUUAUCGAACCUGAAGGCAACGCUUCAGAGUAUGUCAUAAGACAUUUCAAAGGAACUCUUCAUCAUCUUAACAUGCGAAAGGAAGCAGUACUCGCUUCUAAAGUACAAGGUGACAUUUUUCAGCAGAGAUAUGACGAGAUAAAUACAAAUGUCUCUAUCUAA